AUGGCACUUCCAUUAAUGUCUCUUCUAACACUGCUCUUUGCUUCUCUUCUUCUUCUUGCUCCCAGCUCCAUCUCCUCCUCGCCACUUCAAGAUCCUGAAUUAGUGGUUGAAGAAGUGCACAAGAGCAUCAAUACAUCGAGGAGGGAAUUGGGUUUUCUUUCAUGUGGGACGGGCAAUCCGAUCGACGACUGUUGGCGGUGCGACCCGAAUUGGGAGAGCAACCGGAAACGGUUGGCGGAUUGUGCAAUCGGGUUUGGUAAGCGAGCGAUUGGAGGCCGUGACGGGAAGAUUUAUGUGGUGACGGAUCCGAGUGACAAUGAUCCGGUGAACCCAAGACCAGGUACGCUCAGAUACGGUGUCAUACAAGAUGAGCCACUGUGGAUCACUUUCGCAAAUGACAUGGUGAUCAAGUUAAAAGAGGAGUUGAUCAUGAAUUCGUUCAAGACAAUCGACGGUCGAGGAGCGAACGUACACAUAGCUGGUGGGCCCUGUAUUACGAUUCAGUAUGUGACUAAUAUUAUAAUACAUGGGAUUAAUAUCCAUGAUUGUAAGAGAGGAGGGAAUGCUUAUGUGAGGGACUCUCCAAGUCAUUAUGGGUGGAGGACUGUAUCGGACGGUGAUGGUGUGUCCAUCUUUGGUGGAAGUUAUGUUUGGAUUGAUCAUUGCUCUUUGUCAAACUGUGACGACGGUCUGAUUGAUGCAAUCCAUGGAUCAACGGCUAUAACCAUCUCUAACAAUUACAUGACACAUCAUAAUAAGGUAAUGUUGUUGGGUCAUAGUGAUAGUUAUAAGCAAGAUAAGGGUAUGCAAGUCACAAUUGCUUUUAAUCAUUUUGGAGAAGGACUUGUUCAAAGAAUGCCCAGAUGCAGACAUGGGUACUUUCAUGUGGUGAACAAUGACUACACACAAUGGCAAAUGUAUGCUAUUGGUGGUAGUGCUGCUCCUACAAUCAAUAGCCAAGGCAAUAGAUUUUAUGCUCCCAAUGACAUAGUAAGCAAGGAGGUGACAAAACAUGAGGAUGCACCCAUGAGUGCAUGGAGUAAAUGGAAUUGGAGGUCUUCAGGGGACUUGUUUUUGAAUGGUGCAUUCUUCACGCCAUCAGGUGCAGGAGCUUCGACUAGUUACGCCAAGGCAUCGAGCCUUAGUGCGAGACCGUCUUCGCUUGUGGGUUCAAUCACAGCUGGUGCUGGUUCGCUGCUUUGCAGGAAGGGCAAGAGUUGCUGAUUAAGAGACCAAAAUGUUGGUUAAAAAUAAUAAAUUCCAAGUGUAAUUACAAGGGAAUUAGGAUUUAAUUCACCUUCAUGUACACUAUAUCUGUCUUCCCCCCCCCCCCCCUCUUUUCUCCUUGACUUUGCAAAUGUAAUAUUGUAAUUGAUAUUUACAACGGUAGAGAGCCUGUUUCUGGUAAACCCAUCUUUACAUGCUUAAAAGAAAUCUUAUUGAUGGGUUGAAAAGAAACAAGAGCAGUUUGAAAAUUAAGUUGGAUGUUCAAUACUUCAAUCUGAUGAGGCUUCAUUUC